AUUCACUCACUCUACACCUCUAUACCCAUCCACCAUUAUCGCAAGUGCAUCCAAUUCUGCGCGCAUUCACUUUGCCAGCUUACAGCAAUGGCCGAGCGCAGGAGUGUGCGGUCAUCGAGCCGGCGCAUGACACCCACACCGCAACCACCCUCGGCUGCUGCAACACCGCAAGCCGGUCGGGUGUCGCGCACGAGGGGAGCUCGAAGCGUAAGUCGCGAUGUUGAGAAUGCGGGGCUCACGGGUAGACCCACUCGUCGGACCAAACGUCAGGACAGCAUAGCAAGCCAAAGUGAAAAUGAGAAACGGCCCUCUCGGCAGUCAAAGAGGAAAGCUCACCAACAGCCUGUCGGAGAUCUUGCUCCUGUGGAAGAGGUCGACACCCAACUCGUCAUUGAAGACAAUCGGGAGACCCCCCCCCGCUCUGUAAAAGUAGAUGCAGCUCUCCACCGCUCCCCUGGGGCUGUCUCUGAGAUGUCAGGCACCACAGCUAUCUCCUCCUUUUCCAUGGUCGAGGCUGAAGAUCUGGACGUUAAGGCUAUCUUGCGCCGUCCACGAAGGCUCUACGAGUCUGCAAACGAGAUGCUGGAACAUCUGGUCCCAGACAAUGGCCGCAUCGAUGAAGAUAGAGAGCACUAUAUCGAAAUCCAAAAGCCCGACUCCGAUUACACUAUUGUAUUUAGAGACCUCAAUUGCGAUUUUAGCCAUGACCUGUCUUUCUUCAAGUCAGAGCACCAAGACUAUAUCCGACCUCGUGCCGUCCAUAGGGCAUUGCUUGGUCCCGAGCGAGAUCUCACGUCUCUAGAGUCUGGCCUCAAUCCCGUGCUGCACAAAGCCAAUCUCGUCGAGUUCACGAAAACGAUCAUCACAUCUGAUCGAAACAAAGAGUCAACCUGGAACGCGCUUCGAAUGUUUGACAAUACUUUCCCAUCUCUGUUCCUCUUCUCGCUUGUGCCAAAUGGCAAGCCUUGCAACGCCUAUGCUGGGGAGAGUGCAAUGCUCAUGGAGACAUUUGAAGUGGCUUUGGAGCUACGGACGCAACUUGCCAUCCUUGUGCUUUACCGCUCAACGAAUGAUGAUUCCUUCGAUCCAGAUGUUUCGCUCGAUGAGGUAUUUUUUCACCCUUCGCCAGAAGGCAGUCGAGGGAUUGUCCGUGGAUGGGAUGUACCGGGCCUAGGUGGUAAAGAAACCCGCCUUGACAACCAACUGAGCAAAAAAGUCGCCAUCCGCGUGAAUGCAAUUAGGGAAUACUUUACAAAGGAUACCCAAUCUCUAGAACGAGGCGAAACCGUGGACUUUGACAACCUAUUUGCAUCCUUCUCCUGGGAAGCAUGCAUCCUUCAAGUUCUUCACUGGGUGCGCCUGCGAAACAGAGAACUCGACGCAUCGAUAAAAAAGAAGGGUGGUAUUGAUGGCAUCGCAGAAGGAAUCAAAGCGGAGGUUCAGCAUCCUGAUAUCCGCGCCACAUGGGCAUCCAAUAUUUCGCCACGCAAAAAGCGGACUUCUUUUGGUCGGGAACGUAGGCGUAGCAAUCGCAAGUUCGAUCCGAAUGCACAACUGGACAGCCAAGUAAUGGACAAACUGUUGGCAAGAGAGAAAGGAAUUGCCGCACAGUCACAAGCAGAAUCUUCCCAACAGGCGCAACAGCCAACGGAGCAAGUGCAAGAAGCAGCGCAAAGCCAUGAAGAUGGGCAAGAUGAGUGGCAGCCUGCCCCAAUGGAUGACCAGGAAGAUCCUGAGGUAGCAGAAGAGAAUCCGUCGGCAUCAGCCCCUCCUCGUUCCACGGCCGAUAUCGUGAGCAAGUUCAAAGAAGCCCGGAAAAUAGAUAAGGAGAAUCGAGGCGGAUUCAUUGCACGACAGCCCAGCGCUCGUCAGGUCGAGUUUGGGGAUGGUUUUGAUGAGACUCAGAUACCCACUGCUUCUUCAAGUACAGGAAAGCAACCCCAGAAGACACACGGAAAACGACGUCGACCAAUCAUAAACCUUUCCUCUGACGAGGACGAAGACGCCUUUGAGACCAACCAGCGCGAGUCCCAAGCCAAGGAGAGGCGACAAAAAGCGCCUGUAAAGAAAGCCCGCUUCAAUCCCGCUUCUUCAAUGCCCCCAAGCCAUCAACCUCCAGCUGGAAUCACCGACGGGGACUAUGUUCCCGAACAACAAGAAGAAAGCUUCUCAGAAGAGGACGCUCCAGAGAUGAUGGAAGAGAUCCCGACUUCUAGCUAUGCCGACUUUAAAAAGGCCGCUAGAAUUAACACUGCUGCGAUUGCUUUGAACAACACGCGUCAAGAGCCACGUAGAAGCCGCACUCCCUGGUCUGCGGAUGCAGAAGAGGCCCUUCUGGAAUACAUGAAAAUAUUCCCGCAGAAAUAUUCUGAUAUUCUGACAUUUGACAAAUCGGAUGCAGGAUAUAAACUCCUUGAUGGUCGUACCCAGGUCAAUCUCAAGGACAAGGUUAGAAACAUGGCAAUCACCAUGAUCAAGUCUGGAGUGGGCCUGAAACCUGGAUUUCAGAGUGUGAUACUUCCUUCCUCUAAGGUAGGAGAGAAGCUGUUAGACGAAGGGUUUAAGUGGUAGUUUUUUGAGGAAAUGUUCUUGGCCUAGCGGAUGCCUG